ACAGGUCGGUGUUGCCUCGGAAAUCUCGGAAGGCUGCAUAUUGGUUUUACUGGAAAGUCAUGGUUGACGAAUGUGGAAGUAGUCGGGGAACUUAUCUUUAUCUUAUCAUGGCAGCAAUUCAUUGACAGCAAUCAUAUUCCCAGCUCAUUUUUUUAUUCAUGAUUAUACGUCCCAAUUGUGAUUGUCGUCUUCGGGCCCACUCUCCAAACGCCUCGACCUCGCACUGCGGGUUCAGCUGUAAUUGAAAACGUAUCUCAAUAGUAAUUUCAGGAAGCGACGUAGCGGCAGCUCAUCGCUCAAGGUCGAUCGUGGCAACAUGGGUCACCGCAGCUUCCUUGAGCGAAGUGCCAAGCAGAAUUUGGUUAUCUUCCUCUUCUGUUGUUUAAUCAGAGGAUCGCAUGUUACGUCUUUCCGAUUGCAGCAACCGUGGCUACGCCCUCCCCUUUCGUCCACCGUUUCCGACCCCCUUCUUAAGUCCUCAAUCGGCUAUGAGCAGCACCAUGAUCUGUCUUUUACACGCCAUCCUAUGCCUCUGUAUGACUCCCGCAAUCCCCCACCCGUACAGUCCCAAACUGGCUCCCGCACGCCAUGGCUCUUCCUCGUUCUCUCCAGCACUGCCAUCCUCAUCUCUUACGCGGACCGCGCCAACCUCGCCACCUGUAUUUUACCCAUGGCGCAGGAUCUAGAUUGGUCCCUUUCUUCGCAGGGCGUUGUGCUCUCCGCCUUCUUUGCCGGCUACGCCCUCACAGGCCUCCUUGGCGGCUACCUUGCCGACCGCUUUGGCGGGUCGCGCGUUUUGCAGGCGGGAAUCAUCCUCUGGUCCGUUUGUACCUUCCUCACCCCUGCGUUUGCCAAAGCUGGACUGGGCGCAAUGGUCAUGGAUCGAGUCUUACUGGGUAUGGGAGAGGGCGUCGCUUUUCCCGCCAUCCACGCUAUGAUUCCUCAACGCGUGCCUGCUCCAAGCCGCAGUCUGGCUGUCUCCCUCAUUACAGGAGCAAGCUAUCUUGGGGCUGUCUUAGCAUUUGCAUUGUCGCCCCUCCUGAUUGAAGAAGCAGGCUGGCCAUCUGUCUUUUAUUUUUUCGGUGCUCUACCCGUCCUCUGGUUUCCUGUCUGGUGGGCGUGGGGGGAAGAGAGAAGCGAGGCGAUGGAAGGUAAGGAGGCGGAGAGUGAGGAAAAGGCAAGAUGCGGAGAAGGGUACCCCUUGUCAAAUCCUUCAUCAUCCAAAUCACAACGCAUCGACCUUAUGCCCUCGUCCGCCCCGUCGACGGCCGCCUCUACCACUUCGUCUGCUCCGCCUGAGGGACUGACUUGGGCCCAGGCCAGGUUUUUGCUCGCUCGGAAGGAGGUGUGGGCCAUUCUGGUAGCACAGUAUACGCAAGCGUGGGGUAUCUAUGGCCUUCUCUCUUGGCUACCCUCAUAUUACAGCAAGACUUUUGAUAUCGACGUCACGCAGCUGGCUGCUUUUACCCUCGCCCCCUAUCUGGUGCAGACUCUGGUAGGGAUCGCGUCGGGCUAUUUGGCCGAUAACUUGAUAGCCGCUGGUUGGUCGAUAAAGCGCGUACGUCAGCUGUUGCAGACCGCUGGUACAGUCCUACCCGCGCUCUUUCUGCUCCUCGCUACUACAACACACAACACGUCCUCCGACUCCGCUUCCUCCCUACUCUUCUCCUUCUUCUAUGUCACAAUCGGCGCGGGCCUUUCCGCCUUCACUCUCGGCGGUGUUUCUUGCUCGCAUUUGGACAUUUGUCCUCGUAAUGCAGGACUUAUCUUUGCAGCUGGCAAUACCUUGGCUACAGUGGGUGGCCUGGUUUCGGUACCGAUAGCCGGCUUAGUCCUGGAGAAAUGUGGGAGUUUCGAUGCGGUUUUCGCCUUGUUCGCGGCGCAUUACGUGGUGGGAGCGGCCCUGUACGCGGCUUGGAUUGGGGAUGAGGAUAUUUUGCAAGAGCUAUGGAAGCGAGAGGGGGUAGGAGACAGGAAAGUGUAG